UAUAGACAAUUGUUGGGUAUUUUGGGAAGGGCAAAAAUAAAUUUUUUUGGGUAUAUUAUUAUACUAUAUUAUAAUAUUUGUCGGUAUAAACAAAAAAAUUACGGAAGUAUUGGACAAGAAAAAAAAAGUUUUGGAGAGGGGGAAAGGGGGGGAUGAGUGAUGACUUAAAGAGGAAAAAGCGACGGCUUAGAUCUUUUUUUCUGUUAAUUGUUUUGUGGGAAAACGCGGGUAUUUUUAGAGAUUUUGAUCAUCAAGUCUUUUAAAGGACACAAACCACCAACAACAAAAAAAACAAUUUUCUGUGAUCUGAUAAAAAUAAAUAAAAAUAUAGGCGGUAAAAGCGUUUAAAACAAAGGAGAAUAAAUAAUAAAUUGGUGUUUUUGAAAUAAAAUACAGUUAAAUAAAAAAUACAAAAAUUAAAUAAAACACAUUUUUGCCUAAAGAAUAAAACACAAAUUAAGAUUCUGAUUUGUUUUAAUAUGUGUUUUCUCGAAAUUCUGAUUUUUGUGCUUUAACUAAAACAACCAGAAUUAAUUAGAAACAUGUUGACAGGAAUUAUCUGCUCAAACUGUAGGACAGAGCAAACAACACUUUGGCGACGGAAUGUUCGUCAAGAGCCUGUUUGUAAUGCUUGUGGACUUUAUUAUAAAUUACACAAUCAACACCGACCUAUAAAUAUGAAAAAAGAUCAAAUACAGUCAAGAAAUAGAAAAUUAGGAAGUAAAUCAAAAAAAUUAGCAGCAAUGUCUUUAAAUAAUAUUGAAGAAUAUAAACAACAACAAGAAACUGAAAAUGGAAUAUUAGAACCUAAAUGCGAGCAAUCAGAAUCAGAAUUUUCUAAUAAUAAUCUUGGACAUAUCAAUUCUGGAAACACCCCACCUCUAUUAAUUAAAGGCGCCCACAAUAUUAGCAACAAUUCUGACGGAAUAAAUACAUUAAUAGAUUCACAACCUUCAAUUGUUCCAUUUUCUGAUAAUCAACAACAACAACCUCAGCCUCCACAACUUUUUUGUUCAAAUUCAAUUAAUAUUCAUCACCAUUAUCACCACCAUUCUCCCUCUGCCUUUCAACAGUUUGCAACAGCCGCGCUUUCUUCUGCUACUGGACAAACAGCAUUUUUCCCAACUCAAAAUUGUGUUGUAAAUCCUCAAUUAACAACAACAAAUAUUUGUCCAAUAACAACUACAGAUGUUGGGAAUUUUUUGCUUAAAAAUGAUAAGGCUACGAAUAGUGGGAUUUGGUGA